CCUUGCUCUCGAUUCUCCUUCUACAACAAUGCAGUCAUACCGCAUUGCAUAUUUAGUUGCUGCAGUGUAUCCUCAGUGUUCAGCCCGAUAAAUGCUUCUCCCAGUCAGGCUGAGAAAAGAUCCUCUCCUCCUUGUUCUGCAUUCCAUAUUUACCUGGGUAUAACAGCUUGAUUAACCCUAUUGAAUUGAUGCUGUGAUACCCCCAAGACAUCCCAACAGCUCACACACACACACACACACACACACACACACAGUUGCAUUCUUCUACAUUCUGGAAAUAUGAGAAGAACAAAGAAAUGAAUGAGAAUGAACCAUGAACCACAGCUCUAUACACCUUCUUUCUUUUUGCAAUGCAAAUGGACACAGUAGCCUUGACUGGCUUGGCCGGGGUCGUAUCCAAUACUGCAUCAUAAUGCCUUGAGAUGACAAGCAUAAUAAGGCUGCUGACCAUGGUAAAAGACAGUGCUCUGCUUUCUGCUUCCAUCACUUCUACUCGGACAAGGGCUAUAUGCUAUAUGCAAUCUGUCAGUCGCAUAUCAAACUGUGGUCACAUUGCUCAGGGUCCGAGUUGCGGUGUGUAUGCAGAGAUAUGUGUGUGUGUGUGUGUGUUCAGGACAUGAGCAUGAGCGAUUGACGAUGAUAUGCUUUGCUUUCUCACGAUCCUCUUGGACAUGCUCAUGCUGUGCCUACGAUGCAAUUCCCUAGGAUCGCACAGUUGCUGCUGGAGCCAGCCAAGUUGUAUCCGCAAAUCUCGGUCUGUCAAAAUGUUUCUCUGAACUGUUCACCAGAGCCCAAGCGGAUCUUGGGGGGGGGACAGGCCGUUGCAUUGCUUCUUCCCUUAAUCUCCCUCCCUUAUAUCUUAUAUUUAUGUACUACUUUUAAUCUCGAGAUUUAAAAUGCUUUAUACAAAUUAGAGUUGCUCUCAUUCCGCCGUUUGUAUGUCUGAGCUGGAUUGGAGUGAUAGAUUUCGUGCGGUCACUUCUUCAUACUUCCCGUCCCGUCCAUCCUAUUGUUCUUCGCCCGCAAUCAUUGAUAGCGUUGAUAUUGUCCUGCGAGCUUCACAUCCGCCCUACAUCCCACGAUUCUUCUUCUGGUCUCUUAUUUGGCGAUUGAUUGAUCCAUCUCCAACGGCUUCAGGGUGGAGCCUCCAGAUCAUCAGCUCCCUCGGUUCUCGGCUUCAUAGAUUCAUUCCCCAUCCGUUAACUCCUACGCGUUGCUCAAGAGUGAUAUCAGCGUAUCUCGGUAAUGGCGUCUUCAUUCGAUCCGUUCGACCAGAACGUGGUCUUCCACCAGGCCGACAUGACCCCUUUCAACGUAUCGAUCCAUGACCUGGAUGAUUUCGUUCAGUACGGAACCAGAGUCUGCAUCAACUACGCCUCUCAGCUCGGGGCGUCUGUCAUUGCGAUCAUCAUGUUGGCUCUCCUGACACAGUCGGAGAAACGUCGGUUGCCUGUCUUCUCCCUCAACAUAUCUGCACUGAUUAUGAACUUCGCCCGCCUGCUCUGCAUGACCAUCUACUUCACUACGGGAUUCAACAACCCCUAUGCCUUCUUCAGCGGGGAUUAUUCUCGAGUCCCUGGCAGUGCCUACGCGGAUUCCAUCUUGGGAAUCGUCUUCACUACUAUUCUGGUGAUUUGCAUGGAAACGUCCCUGGUCAUCCAAACUCAAGUCGUGUGCGCGACCCUUCCGGAAAUUCAACGAUACCUGCUCCUGGGUGUGUCCCUCGUUAUCGCACUGCUGGCUAUUGGAUUCCGAAUGGGCUUGAUGGUUGAGAAUUGCAUUGCCAUUAUGAAUGCCUCGAAUUUUGCCCCUUUUAUCUGGCUCCAGAGUGCCUCGAACAUCACCAUUACCAUGAGCACAUGUUUCUUCAGCGCUAUCUUUGUCGCCAAAUUGGGGUAUGCCCUCGUUACUCGCAGGCGACUGGGCAUGACAAGAUUCGGAGCGAUGCAGGUGAUGUUCAUCAUGUCCUGUCAAACGAUGGUGAUUCCAGCCAUUUUCUCAAUCAUCCAAUAUCCGUUUCCAGGCUACGAAAUGAACUCCAACCUUCUCACGCUCGUGGCCGUUUUCCUCCCCCUUUCAUCGCUGUGGGCUGCAGCAGCGACGAAAAGCAGUUUCGAAACUCUAAAUUCCGGCCCGCAUCAGUACCUCUGGUCAAGCGAACGUAGCAAUAGCACCAGCUCCGCGACCAGGCACCCCGGCAGCUUUUCUCAGAACCAGGCGACACUUCGAUCCGGAGGCUCUGUUGCCACGACUCUCUCACCCGACCAACUUGACCGCUUAUAUACCGAUCUUGAUGUCAGCGUUAAAGCUUGAAUGGAGCGGCUCCUGUAUAUCGGAAUACAUCCAUUCUCUCACUUUGUUUAUAUUUUAUCCGCGCACACACGUAAUGUAUGUAUGUACAUGGGUUCGCUUGACUAUUGUGCUUUUUCAUAGCUGAUUGCUAUAUCGAGGGAAAGCAAGGUUUUGUUCUCAGUGGCUCAUCAUUUAGUAGUAUCCAUGCUUUGUCCAAACUCUCCUUUUUCUACUUAUUAUUGCGUGCUUCUGAUUGGAGGAUAAAUUACUCCUCGCCGUUGUUGUUUGAUAUCCCCCUCUUUAGGUAUUGUGCAUUUAUGGAGUUAUUACUGUGUGUCUUUUUUCCAUUUAUCUAGCCACGAGUAGUAUGCAUUCUUCAACUGUCUACAGCCUACUAGUCUGCAACAAAAAUAAAAUCUUGAUAGUUGAGAACAAUAUCAAAAGUAUUCACCGUGCAUCCAGCAUUGUUCCAAGUUUCCCUUUAUUAUUUAAUCAAGGUUGUUUGUUAGUUCUUGC